CUCCUUCCUCCUCACCCUCCUCCUCACCCUCCUCUUCCUACCUGAUUCAGAUCCGCUCCGGCGCUAUGCGUACGACCGCGUCCCUCCUCUCUGCAAGCCGAGCUCCGCCGGAGAGACCCGCACGCUGCUGCCGCCGCUGACCGCCGGCCGCCCCGAGCACCCGACGCCGGCCGACGAGCCACCCAGGCCGGGCAACAGGAGCGGCAGACACCGCCGCUGGUCCACCCCCGGUGAAGAAGAAUUAGAGUUGGCGUCCCGGAGCCUGCCGUCCCAUUCCUCAUCCUCUACUGAGUCCACCCUCUUCUCCUCAGAGCUCCUCUCCUCUUGCAGCUCUUCACCUGCUCACUUCUAUCUUCUACCGAACCCCUCAUGGCGUCCAAGCUCAACCCCAACGUCCUGUACGUGGCGGGGCCCGGCGAGUCGCUGGGGUCGCCUCAAGCGGACUCUGAGAGGACUCAUAUUGCUGGAGAAGCUGGAGAAGAGUCAUCGGACAGCGAUGGAGAACAGGAAGAGACGUCGCACAAACUGAUCCGCAAAGUGUCGACUUCUGGACAGAUGAGGACGAAGAAAAGUGUGAAGGAGGGAAUCCUGUUAAAGCAGACCAGCUCCUUCCAGAGGUGGAAGAGGAGGUACUUCAAACUCAGAGGGAGGACCCUCUACUAUGCCAAAGACUGCAAGUCCCUGAUUUUUGAUGAAGUGGACCUUUCAGAUGCCAGCGUGGCUGAAACCAGCACCAAGAACAUCAACAACAGCUUCACAGUGAUCACCCCAUUUCGCAAACUGAUGUUAUGUGCUGAAAGCAGGAAGGAGAUGGAAGACUGGAUCACUGCUCUCAAAUCCGUCCAAAAAUGGGAAACCUACGAGGCCAGUCAGUUCAACAUGGAGCAUUUCUCUGGGAUGCAUAACUGGUACGCCUGUUCCCACGCCAGGCCGACCUUCUGCAACGUCUGUCGGGAGGCGCUGCCGGGCGUCACCUCCCACGGCUUGUCCUGUGAAGUCUGUAAGUUCAAGGCUCAUAAGCGCUGUGCAGUUCGCUCCACCAACAACUGCAAAUGGACCACGCUGGCCUCCAUAGGAAAUGACAUCAUUGAGGAUGAAGAAGGGGUGUCGAUGCCCCACCAGUGGCUGGAAGGCAACCUGCCCGUCAGCGCCAAAUGUGUGGUGUGUGAUAAGAACUGUGGCAGCGUGAGGCGGCUGCAGGACUGGCGCUGCCUUUGGUGCAAGGCCAUCGUCCACAGCAGCUGUAAAGAACAAAUGGGGAAGGUGUGUCCUUUGGGUCAGUAUCGAGUGUCCAUCAUCCCUCCCACUGCACUCAACAGCAUCGACUCUGACGGCUUCUGGAAGGCCACCUCGGCGUCGUGCUCCAGCCCUCUCCUGGUCCUCGUCAACUCCAAAAGUGGAGACAACCAGGGGGUGAAGUUCCUACGCAAGUUCAAGCAGCUCCUGAACCCGGCUCAAGUCUUUGACCUGAUGAACGGAGGACCAGAGCUCGGCCUUCGCCUUUUCCAGAAGUUUGUGACGUUUCGUAUCCUGGUGUGUGGAGGAGACGGCAGCGUGGGCUGGGUGCUCUCAGAGCUGGAUAAACUCAACCUCCACAAACAGUGUCAGCUCGGUGUGCUGCCUCUGGGAACAGGCAACGAUCUGGCUCGUGUUUUGGGAUGGGGAGGUCUCUGCGACGACGACGCUCAGCUGCUGCAGAUCCUGGAGAAGCUGGAGAGAGCCACCACCAAGAUGUUGGACCGAUGGAGCGUGAUGACUUACGAGGUUCCCGCCACCAAUAAACACACGCCGAUGGUGAAGGAGGACGACGGCCUAGAUUCUCCUCUGCAGGUCCACAUCACUCAGUAUGCCGACUCCGUGGCCUCCCACCUCGCCAAGAUCCUGGACUCGGACAAACACAGCGACGUCAUUUCCUCCGCUAAGUUCCUGUGUGGGACGGUGAAUGACUUCGUGGCGGAGGUGGGGAAGGCGUACGAGAGAGCCACGGAGAACAAGGAGGAGGCAGAUGCCAUGGCAAAGAAGUGUGCGCUGCUGAACGAGAAGCUCGAUUCCCUCGUCAAGGCCUUAAGUGAGGAAGCCGAAGCUCAGGUGGUGCCCGCGGGUUCGGUUCCCAGCCAGGAGAGCGGCGGUUCGAGCCCCGGGGAGAGCGGCGGCGAGUCGGGCUCGGAGGGUAAAACGUACCGGUCCAAGGAGCAGCUGAUGCUCCGAGCCAACAGCCUGAAGAAAGCCCUGAGGCAGAUCAUCGAGCAGGCCGAGAAAGUGGUGGACGAACAGAACCGACACACGCAGGUCCAGAGGAUGUCGUCGUCCUCCUCCAUCAAACGGGAAAACAGCGAGGAGCUGAAGGACGCCGAGCCACGUCCAGGAAGCUUGAGUCCGACGUCCCCCAUCGUCCUGGAGAAACCAGAGAGCCUCCAGACGGUGACCUUCAGCGAGGACUCGGUACAAUGCUCAGAGAAGUGUGUGAUGAACAACUACUUUGGAAUCGGUCUGGACGCCAAAAUCUCCCUCGAGUUCAACAACAAGAGAGACGAACAUCCUAAGAAAUGCAGCAGUCGCACCAAGAACAUGAUGUGGUACGGAGUCCUGGGAACCAAAGAGCUGGUCCAGAAGACCUACAAGAACCUGGAGCAGCGAGUCCAGCUGGAGUGCGACGGCGUUCCCAUGUCUCUGCCCAGUCUCCAGGGUUUAGCCGUCCUCAACAUCCCCAGCUAUGCAGGAGGCAUCAACUUCUGGGGAGGCACCAAGGAGGACAACAACUUCGGCGCUCCGUCGUUUGACGAUAAGAAGCUGGAGGUGGUGGCCGUGUUCGGCAGCAUGCAGAUGGCCAUGUCCAGAGUCAUCAACCUGCAGCACCACCGCAUCGCUCAGUGCCGGCAGGUGAAGAUCACCAUCCUGGGGGAGGAAGGUGUUCCGGUCCAGGUGGACGGAGAGGCCUGGAUCCAGCCGCCCGGCAUCGUCCAGAUCGUCCACAAGAACCGAGCCCAGAUGCUCACCAGAGACAGAGCGUUCGAGAGCACGCUGAAGUCGUGGGAGGACAAGAGGAAGAUUGACAGCUACCGCGCCACCAGGCCCCGCCUUAACUCCCAGCAGUCCAUGGAGUACCUGACGGAGGAGGAGUGCGCUCAGGUCCAGCAGCUGGGCAUCGUGGCCGACACGCUCAUCAACAAAAUCCGCGAAGCAGCCAAGACCCACAAGCUGGUGGAGCAGGAGCUGGCUCACGCCGUCAACGCCACCGCCCUGGUGCUCACCGAGGCCAAACUGUCCAGCCCCGAGUGUCUGAGUCGCAGCACUGCAGUGGAAAUCGUCAACAGCAGUAAAGUUCUGCAGGCAGAAACCAGGAUGCUGCUGGAUGGAAAGCUGCUGUCGGAGUCUCUGGAGGAAGAGGAGCUUCGUUCGACUCUGAACAGCCUCAGCGCUGAGCUCCACAAGCUGGACGACAUCCACUGGAUCUGCCCACUGAUGCAGUGCUCCGAGGAGGACUUGGUGAGGGGCAGCAGCAAGAGCAGCAGCAGUAUGAAGCUGAAGAUCAUGCCCAAGGUGAAGAAGGAGAGAGAGAAGCUCCACAAGCAGAAGUCCAACAGUUCUCUGUCUGGAACUUGGGAUAUCAAAGGUGGAGCUGCAGAGGCCGAUUCUUCAGGCAACUGAAGUCCUGACGAGGUGCUUUAUUUCCAUCCCGUCACCCGACUGGGUGAGGAUCCUCCUCUCUAACCGCCACUCAGUGGCUUCACAGAGGUGUUUGGAAGAAAAGGAAAACCAUCUUUCCGACUUUUCUGCUCUCUUUCCUCCACGUUUUACUUCUGGUGUCAUCGUUUUUUCUGCACAGCGGGAGGAUUUCUCUUUCAUUUUUGUAUUUUUUCCUGUAUUUCUUGAAUCUUUUCAAAGGGACCUGGAUUCACACGGCGUUGCUUCACCGAUACUCUGGUUGUGUAGGUGUGGCUAGCAGCGAGUCAAACUGAAGAUGAGGGAGGUUUCAGAGCAAACGACGUCCAGCUCGUUUGAGUUUUUUUGACAAAGAAAUGUGUUUACGUGGCUGCUCUCCUUGCAUGCCGAGGGCAACCAUCUUAUUUUAUAUCUACUAUUUUAAGUUGUGACAAUCUUCUGAUUUUUCUCUCUAACUUUAUCAUUUUAUUUCUAGACUUCUGAAUAGCCUUUGAUUUUUUUCUGAUCGUGAUAUUUAUUUCGUGUUGCUACUGCCAUGAAAACUCCGACGGCAACUAAUCGAAAAAAAUGAACAAACUGAAACAUCUCAAACCUUAUCGUCUACUGAACUGGAGAAUAUCUUAAAUGUUGCAAAAAAUAUACCGAGGAAUGUACUUGUGUGGACUUGUAUUAACCUGUGAAUAAUGUUAAAUCAUGUAUGAUUUCGCAAAGGUUCUACUGUUGUGGUCCUAAAGUGGUUCUUAAUAGGCUGUUGUGUGACUUGUGUGGUCCGAGGCUGCAGAAAGAAUCGUCUCCGCCGUGAGUCAUUUCAUCCGACUGCAGGAUUUUAAAGUACAUCGCUCAGUUUUUAUCAAGGCCCAAAGUGUGACGUAUGUGGGAGUCAAAAGAAAUCUCAUCCCACUGUGCGUUAUCCCGCUGCAUUUUGCCGCAGCGGCAGAUGAAAUGACUCAGCGAGGGAGAUAUUUUCAGCAGCGUCUGGUUCGAGGUGUUUACAAAAGGAGGAAGCAUCAAGGACGCAGCAGAGAAACAUUACAGCUACUCAGUGUACUACUCCUACUUUGCCAUAUUCAUGAUUGUAUCUGUAAUAUAAGAGUCAGUGGAUAUUUGAGUUUGCCUUGUCCGUGGUUAAAAGCUAUUAUUAUUAUUACAAAUAUAUAUCUAUUUUUUUGUAUAUCUUAUUUUCCCAAUGGUAACCUGUGAAGCCGGGCUUUGCUGCUUCCCCCUUUGACGGACUCCUUGGCCACCGUGCAUAUAAUAAUCGAAGCCAGUUAAUGCUGUUGUGUGUCCCUGCAUGCAUACUUAGCCUUCCUUCGCCUCACAGUGGAAAUCGCCUCAUUAUAGUGAAUUUUAGCUUGUUUGUUCCAACCGGAGACGUUUUGGUUUUAACCUGCAGCAGAAGAAAAAAAAAAGGUAGAAAAUGUAACGUCCAAACUUUAGGAGAGUGUAUUGAUUUACAGCCUGAAUACUGAUAUGUUUAUCCAAGCAGGUGAUAACAAACACCGGUAUUUAUGUCUAAUUAUUUGAUUUAUGUGGGGCCAAAGAGAUGAUUUUGGAUAAAAACGCUGAUUUUUAGAGGUUUUUCCAGGAAUGAUCCUUAGAUGAAUACUCCAAUGUUUUGGGACAUUCGUUUUUUUGCUGUUUAAACUCGAGACAGACGAGAAUAAUAUCUGUUUUUUCAUCCGUGCACUUAGUAAUGAGAUGGGAAUUAAUUUAAAUUGGAAAACAUUCAGUUGCAGUAAAGGUAAAAUACGCCUCCCAGCAACGACCAAAUCUGUUUUAUCUGCUGGGUUUUAGUGCCAAAGUGUUUAUUAUGAGCUCCUGUUAACAAGAAGCCUCAGUGAGUGUUUUGUCUUGCUAAAGAUGUUAAACAUAUUAAAAGACAACUCAAUGGUAGUUUUGUUAGCAGCUCGUCUUGAAGCUAACUCAAUACUGAAUGCAAUAAAAAAAAAAAAGUGAAAUUUGUAAAAUGCCAGAAUGUUACUUAAAGCCAGGAUAUAACAAUAUGUGAUGUUCACUAUUCAAGCUAAAAGCUGACUAAAAUACGGGUUAAAAAUAUCACUAGCUGCGGAAGUUUACAGCAAAUUGAAAAGUAAAAUAAGCCUUCCAGCAUCACCAAACGUGUUAUUUUGUUAACACAGUUUUGGUUUUUCUCACUAAAAAAGUUUACAGUCGAAGCUUAUGGACAUUUAAAUGCUGUUUUCUUUUACUAAACGUGAACUUAACUCAUAGAAAACAACCUAAUUCUUCGAGGUUUGCCAAACUUGGCUGUAUUUUUGGCUCUACAAAUAACUUGGCUAUUCUUGAAGCUAACUCUAUACUGAAUGGACAGAAAAAGAAGUGUAAGACAGACUAGUCAAGCUAAAACCUGAGUCACCUACCAAGUAAAAAUGUUGUUAGCUGUGCAAGUUUACAGUAAAUUGAACAGUGAAAUUAGCCUUCUAGCAUCACCAACAAUGUGUUAUUUGGAUGUAUUUUGUUAGCGCUGCUUUGGUUUAUAUCACUUAAGAGUUUACAGUCAAUGCUAACUGACAUUUAAAUUCUGUUUUCUUUUACUAAAAGUAAACUUAAAUCUUAACAACAACCUAAUUCUUAGAGGUUUGGCGAAAGUUGGCUGUUUUUUUGUCAUUAGCUUGGCUAAUGUUAUCUUGAAGCUAAGUCUAUACUGAAUGGAUAGAAAAAGGAAUGUAAUACAGCAAGAAAGGUGAAUUUCCUAAAAUUACAUAGCCAGGAUAUAAUAAAGAAUUAAUGUUCACGAGUCAAGCUAAAAUCUGAGUUGACUACGAAGGAAAAAUCUUGUUAGCUGUGCAAGUUUACAGUAAAAUUAGCCUUCCAGCAUCGCCAAUAAUGUGCAAUUUAGAUGUAUUUUGUUAGUGCAGUUUUGGGUUUUAUCACUAAAGAGUUUAUAGUCAAAACUAACUGAUAUAUAAAUGCUGUUUUCUUUGACUAAAUGUGAACUUGAAUUUUAGAAACACCCUAAUUCUUAGAGGUUUGGCAAAGCUUGGCUGUUAUUUUGGCUCUACAAAGUUUCUAAGUAGCUUGGCUAAUGUUAUCUUGAAGAUAACUCUGUACUGAUUGGACAGAAAAAGGAAAAAUGUGCAAGUUUACAAUAAAUUGGACAGUAAAAUUAUCCUUCCAGCUUCACCAAUAAUGUGUUAUUUAGAUGUAUUUUAUUAGCUCAGGUUUGGUUUUUAUUACAAAAAAGUUUACAGCAACUUCAGUUUAAGGACAGAUAUUGUUUUCCAAGGCUACAGUCAAGAAAAAAAGAGCAAGCUAAUUGAUGUUUAAAUGCUGUUUUCUUUAAUUACCAUUAGUUUUAAAGGUUUUGGAUAAAUCAUCUCGAAGCUAACUCUAUACUAAAUGGACAGAAAAAAGACAGCAAAUAAGUGAAUUCAGUAAAGUGUUAAAACAUCGAGCACAUAGUAAUGUUUGGUGUCAAAUACUAGCUGAAGGUUUACAUUAUAUCAUUUGGAAAACAGCAUUUUGGCCUUAAAAUUUUUGUCAGAAUCUCACCUAAACUUGCAAAAAAGCGAAUUUUGUAAAAUGUUGGAGUAUUACUUGAAAGGUUUAAACUGGCAGCACGUAACAAAGAAGAUGUUGAACAGGAAAGCUAAAAACAAAGUUAGCUAUGUGAUGUUGAGGUUAUUAUAAAUGAGAGAAAAGCUUAGCUUGUUUGUGACGAACGCCACCACAUUGAAAACUACAAAAGGGACAAAAAAAAUGAUUCAUUAACACAUUUCGCCUCAGGUCUGUUGAACGAACAAGGCGGGAAACUUGUAAAGGAUCAUUUCUGUGCUUUAUUUUUUAUUUCCAGAAAUGGUUGUUUUGUUGAACUAACCCUUGGAGCUGCUGUGAGGCGUCGAUCCAUGUCCAGCUCUGGUAGAUUGUGCUACUGUAUCCAUAGUGUGCCGGCUAUUCGCUCUACACCUUAGAGGCUUUAGUGGUGUCGUGCCAAGUUCGUAGUGACUUCAGUGGGUUAUGAGACAUUCAGGGUGCGUGAGAGAGCAUGGGAGCUUGCAUUCGAUGCAAAAGUUGUCGUACAUUUCAAAGUUUACUGUAUCUUGCCUUGCACUUUACGAAGAAGCAAACUUAACGGGGGGGGAGAAUUUUGCGUGUAUGUGUGUGCGUGCGUGUUCAGAGUGUUUACGAGCGUUUUUUAAAUUGAUUUGAUGAGAAGAAUCUUUUAUUUAUGACAAAUGUGUAUGGACAAAAGUGUGUCGAUGAAAUGUAAUAUAUCUAACCAAUUGUAAAAGAAUGAUAAAUAUAUAGAAAUGUAUACACAAAUGUUACAUCAGUGGUUGUACAAUUGCUCCCCUUGCCGAUGUCAUUCCAUUGUCGCACCAAUUUGCAUUGACAAAGUAGGUUUAUUUUAACUUUAAGCCAAAGCUAUUGAGACUUCUAAGUGUUAUUGAGACUAUUACACAAAAAGAGAUAUUCAGUUUGUGUUAUCGAUAUUUAGUUGAAAUAUUUCCAUAAUUUUUGCUUUGAUUGGCUUUUGCUGUGCUAAAAAUGACCACGAAGAUGUUGGACGCACACAUGGAAGCCGUUUUUGGAUAACUAGUUGCCUGUGUUUUAGUGAUUUUAUCGCCUUUUUUUAAAUUUUUUUUUUUAUUAACGCGUUACAGAUUUUUUUCAACGUCAUUUUGGACUAAAACUCUUCCGUCCGAGGAGUUACCUGGAAGUGAUGAGGAAGUGAAACGAAUCCACAGAUGCCAUGUCUGUGCAACAGUAUUCCAUAGAGAACAUUUGUGAACGCAGCCCUGAUCUGAACAGCCUCUACUGUAUAUCCAGACUGUGCGCUCAAUGCUGGAAGCCAGACUAAAUGUUGCACGACCUUGUACGUUGCGAGGUGUUUUAUUGUGUUAUUGUGUGCAGUGUGUAACAAAGACAAAGUCAGUGCAACCCUCUGGAGAUUAAAUGAAUUAUUCAAGUGUGAA